GUUCCCACGCCGGGCUGGGUUCUUCUACCUCCGGAUCAGCGUUCCGGGUCGGCCCGCUCGCCGUGCGCCCCGCGCCCACAGCCCAGCUCGGGUCCUGGCCCGCUGCUCCCGUCGUGCCCCGAGCCCCGCACGGCCUGCAGCGCUGCCGAGCCCUGGAAAAACAUCUUUUCCUGUGUCUGGCCAGAGGUAUAGGGAGUGACAAGUUUGACUUCAGGGAGGAGCAAGGCCUGCUGGGAACGAUGGCCGCUGCCCCUGGCCUCCAGCCUCCGCCACCCCUGGAGCAGGACCUGGAAGAGCAGGACCUGGAGCAGGAUGAGAUCCUGAUUGUGAAGGUGGAGGAGGACUUCUGCUGGGAAGAGGAGCCCUCCCUGGAGGUGGAAGACCCCAGCCCUGAGACUUUUCGCCAGCUUUUCCGGCUCUUCUGCUAUCAGGAGGUGGCUGGGCCGCGGGAGGCCCUGAGCCGCCUCUGGGAGCUCUGCUGCCGCUGGCUGCGGCCCGAGCUGCGCACCAAAGAGCAGAUCCUGGAACUGCUGGUGCUGGAGCAGUUCCUGAUGGUGCUGCCGGGGGAGAUCCAGGCCCGGGUGCGUGAGCAGCAGCCGGAGAGCGGUGAGGAGGCCGUGGUCCUGGUGGAAGGGCUGCAGCAGGAGCCCAGGAAACAGAGGCAGCGGGGCUCAGAGGUGCUUUCUGACGACAUGGUGCCCCUCGAGACAGGGGGACAGUCCUCCAAACGCCAGACAGAAGCUGAGACAGAGGAGCUGUCCCUGCAGGAAGAGGCUCAGUGCUCCAGGCAGCAGAACCCAGCCCUGCUGAGCUGUGGGCCGAAGAGGGGUCCACGAGCCUCUAGGGACCAGGAGAUGGGGACGUCGGCCUUGUCCUUCCUUUCGGCCUGGUCAGAGGUGAGCAGCGCAGUCCUGGUCUGCAGCAUCCUGGUGUCCGGCCUGACCUCCUGUGUGUCACACCCCCUGCAGGCACCGGGGACCUUGGAGGACGUGGCUGUGUACCUGUCCAGAGAGGAGCAGGGAUGCCUGGACCCAGCUCAGCAGCACCACAGCUGGGACGUGCUGCCGGAGAAUGAGGGACUUGAGAUCCAGUCGGAGGAUGGUGACACCACCAGGGAGGACAUGCCUGUGAGAAUGGAAUGGUACCGAGUGCUGUCGACACGGUGCCAGGGCCCUGGCCUCGCGCUCCCGGGGCAGGGGCCUGCCGAAGUCAAGGGCGUGGCCAGGCCAGCACAGCCGCCAGGCUGCCCCCCACCAGGGAAAGGGGGGCCACGUGGGCCUGACAAGCCAUACACGUGCCCUGAAUGCGGCAAAGGCUUCAGCAAAACGUCCCACCUGACCAAGCACCAGCGCACGCACACCGGGGAGCGGCCCUACAAGUGUGCGGUCUGUGGGAAGGGCUUCAGCGACCGCUCCAACUUCAGCACGCACCAGAGGGUCCACACAGGCGAGAAGCCCUACCCGUGCCCCGAGUGCGGGAAGCGCUUCAGCCAGAGCUCCAGCCUGGUCAUCCACCGCAGGACGCACACGGGCGAGCGGCCCUACGCGUGCGCGCAGUGCGGGAAGCGCUUCAACAACAGCUCCCACUUCAGCGCGCACCGCAGGACGCACACGGGCGAGAAGCCCUACAUGUGCCCGGCCUGCGGCAGGGGCUUCCGCCGGGGCACCGACCUCCACAAGCACCAGCGGACCCACGCGGGGGAGUGUGUCCCCCCUCAGCCCCAGGAGGCCCCAGGGCCAGAGCCUGGCCACCACGCACACAGCUCUGCUCCCAGGACCCUUGUCAGAAGUUCCCACUCACAGAAUUCCUGAGGCUGCCAGAGUCGCUUCUGUCCCGGAGCCAGCAGCCCUGAUCUGAAGGCAUCUGGCGUGGUCUGGGCCAGUGUGGGUGGGGCCGCAGGACGUGUUGGAUGCCCAGGCUGAGGGAGGAAGUGGGGCGCAGAGCAGGGGCACGGGCGGGGGUGUACGUCUGUCCUGGGGUGGCCAGACAUGCAGCACAGUUGGAGGCUCGGUGAAGGGACGCACGCUCAUGGCAGGAGGCCACGCUGCAGGUGUCGGUGGGGCUGCUCCUGGGGCCUCCCCAGCUCUGCCGUCUGUUGGGGGAAAGCGGGCCCAGUCUGGAGUCACCUCGGCAGAGUCACAGCUGCUCGGAAGGUGAUGCCAGAGUGAAUGCCUCCCUAAACCCCAUCUUCCUGUCCUCCCGCCUCAGGGAGGAAGCCCAGAGAUUCGACUGGGCCUGACAGCUCUCCCCAGGGCGGGGCCCCGGGCUGCACCUGUUCCUGCCCUCCAUGGUUAUUUUCCACCGUGGCCCUCCUUGGUGGCCCCCUUUGUCUCUCUAAGGUAAGAAUUCCCCACCUUCCAGCUCUUGUCUGGCCUGCGAGCCUCUCAGACCUAGAUGCCCAGGUCUGAGUGAGUGGCUGUGGGGAGCAAUAUGAUGGAGUCUUUGGUGGGUUUAGUCAUCAUGAAAGUCAUGGCACAGGUGCUGAAACCUCUGGGUUCCAGAAUUUUCCAACCAGGCAGUGUCAUUGCUGCUUAUGGCUGGGUGGCCUGGGCCCUCAUCCCAGCCUGUGAUGCUCCAUCCCAUAUUGUUGCCCAUUUGCUGUACAUAUUUUCACCUUUCAGCAUAACCCAGGUUCAAGGGUAUGAGACCUGUUCUUUCUCCGUUCCCUUAAUAAAUGACAUCAGUUUUUCUCCUGG